AUGGACCACGUCCUCCGUCAGUGCCCUUUCGCUAAGGAGGUGUGGGCGGAGGUGCUCCCUACAGCACUCCGUCCUGAGGACAGCCGCAACGUCAAGAAUUGGUUAACAGAGUCACUCAAGUGCCCCCUUAGCCAGGUUCGUUUCGGUUUCACGUGUUGGUUCCUUUGGCGUGCACGGAAUGGUUUCAUUUUCUCAGACAUCGUAGAAACCCCUAGCAAGUUAUCGCAAAAGAUCCUUGCCUGGGAGGUCGUCGUUCAGCAGAGUAAGCAAGCGGAUCAAACUCUUUCACUGGGGAGGUCGGGGUCGUGUCGAGAUGUGGCCGUGGGGUGGAGACCGGCCCCGACAGGGUGGAUCACAGUGAACUCUGACGGGUCGCUCUUGCGGCCCUCAGGGUCUACCGCUGCAGGAGGAGCGCUUAGAGACUGGCAGGGUCGUUUGUUAGGGGCCUAUAUGAUGAACCUGGGGAAGUGUACCAUUACCCGUGCAGAGAUUUGGGGGGCAUUGAAGGGUCUUGAGCUAGCUUGGGAAGCAGGGCAUCGACAAGUGGAGCUCCAGCUGGACUCCAGGACGGCGAUGGCGCUGCUCCAGGACACAGGUCAGCAUAACCAUCAGCAUGCCAACCUCACCUUGUCGUUCCAGGCUUUGCUUCGCAUGGACUGGGUUGUGCGUAUUAAUCACAUCUAUAGGGAGGCCAACUUUUUGGCCGACUGUCUUGCUCACAUGGGGCACUCUCUGACCCUGGGUUUUCACUCUGUUCCUGUUUCGGACCCUGAUGUAUGUCAUUGGACCUUGUUUGACUCUGUUGGCGGUUUUACCGUUCGAUCGAUUUAUGAAUAA